AUGCCGAAGCAGCGCUCUGGUAUCAAGGCGAGCGCCCCCGCCGCCGCUGCCGCCGCAGCCGGCGGCAGCAGAAGGCAGCAAGCGGUGGCGGCCAAGAAGCAGCGGGCAAAGAAGGCGGCCGGGAGCGGCGGGGGCAGCGGCGCGAGCGCGGCGCAGCUAAUCGAGAGGGCGCAGCAGGCUCUAGGUUAUGAUGAUUACGACUUGGCCCUGCAGUGCCUGUCGGAGGCGGCCGCGCGGGAGCCCGAGAACGUUGAGGCUCUGGAUGCUUACGGCUCGCUGCUCGCAGAGACAGGGCGCGCGGACGACGCCGUCAUGGUCCUGCGGCGAGCGGUGGAGCUGUCGCCGGACGCAGGGUUUGAAAAAUACAUGUACCUCGGGCAGCUGCUGGAAGGAGAGGAGGGCCUCGCUGCCACCCGCCGCGGCGUGGAGGUUCUGUCGGCCCAAGCAGACGCCGCGGCAGCAGCGGCCGCAUCCGGCAGCGGCAGGCGCAAGGGCGGCGGCGUCGCAGGCGGCGAAGCGGGGGAGCUGAAGCAGCAGCUGUGCUCAGCGCUGUGCAGCCUGGCGGAGAUGACCAUGGCGGCGGCUGGCAACUUGGAGGAGGCGGCAGAGGAGGUCGCGUCAUUGCUGCAACGAGCCCGGUCAGCGGACGCUUCGAGCCCUGAGCCCCUGCAGGCGCUGGCCAGCCUGCGCUAUGAGCAGGGGCGCCAGGACGAGGCGCUGGCGCUGCUGCGGGAGAGCAUGGCCCUCUGGUUCAAACCUGAGCGGUCGGAGGACGACGAGGACGAGGAUUUGGAUGAGGAAGGUGACGAGGAGGGCGGUGAGGGUUCCGAGCGUGACGACGAUGGUGAUGAAGAGUUGGGGGAUGUGGCGGCGGCGGCGGCAGCGGGCAAGGGCAAGGGCGGGCGGCGGCGGCGGGGCAGUGACGGCGCAGCGGCGGCGGUCGUCAAGCCUCGGACGAUGAGCGAGGACCUUGGGGAGGAGGACAUGGGUGGCGACGACGACGACAUGGGCGGCAGUGGUGACUGGGUGGAUGCUGACGAGGAAGACGACCUGCCUUCUUUCGAGUUCAGGUUUGAGUGCGCCAAGCUGCUGCUGGAGCUGGAUGAAUCAACCGACGCCGCCGUGCAGGUCUUGGAGGAGAUGAUAGCGGAGAACGACUCGGUGCCCGACGUGUGGCACAUGCUGGGCCUGGCCUACUACUCUGGCGGGCUGCUGGAUGAGGCCCAGGAGGCGGCAGACCAUGGGGCAGGCCUGCUGGCGAAGCAGAGGGGCGGCGCCCACAAGGGCGGCAGGGGGGGCGGCAAGAAGGGGAGGGCGGAGGAGGGCGAGGAGGCGUGCGACGACGUGGCGGCUGCUUUUGAGGAUUUGAAAGCGGCGAUCGCAGAGGCGAGGGGUGCACUUGAGGGGGGCCACGCGGCAGCAGGGGACCCACGGCUGGUUCACGCCGCUGGGAGCGGUGAUACAGUGCCCUCCCUGGGCGUCAUCGAGGACGGCAGCAGCAGCGCCGACAGCAGAGGGGGGCAGAGCAGUGUGGUCAGCAGCUUCUGGGAGCGCAGCAGCAAUCGCAGCAGCAAAGGAAGCGGCAAGGAGGCCGGAAGCAGUGGCCGCAGCAAUAGCGGUCCACGGGUCAGUGGCGGUGGUGGGGGCGCACAACGGAUCUGGGGCGCAGAGCAGCCAGCGCCCUUGAGCCAACGCAAGGCCCCCAGCGCCGAGCUCCUGACCAGCUGGCUCAAUGGCGCCACCAGUCUGCAGCAGCUGGUUGACCUGGAGCAGCAGCACGGCGGCAUCUUCGACGCCAUCCACAUAGCAACGUCGUUCAAGCGAUCGGCGAACCUGAUCUGCGACUUGGGCCAGCCGUCCAGAGACUUUCAUCCACUCAUGCAGCGGCUGUGGGAACGGCUGCAGCCGCAGCUUGGUGACUGCACUACCCGCGGGCUUGCCGACAUUGUGUGGGCAUGCAGCAAAGCGUCGUUUGCAGAGGCCCCGCUGCUUGACAAGUGCCUCAAGCAGUUUGCUGGCGCGGCAGCGGACGCUGAACCACAGCACCUGUCAAACGCACUUUACGCAGCCGCUCUGCUGUCGCGUUUGAAGUACACCAUGAACAAGCAGCAUGCAGUCCAGCUGGUGGAGGCGUUGGUGCAGCAGGGGCAGGCAGCCAAGCCACAGGACCUGUCCAUCACACUGUGGGCUGCGGCCACCAUGGGGCUGUCGCUGCCAGAGCAGCAGGCGCAGCAGCUGGUGGAGGCGUUGGUGCUGCAGCGGCAGGCAGCCAAGCCUCAGGACGUGUCCAACACGCUGUGGGCGGCGGCCACCAUGGGGCUGGCGCUGCCGGAUCAGCAGGCGCAGCAGCUGGUGGAGGCGUUGGUGCAGCAGGGGCAGGCAGCCAAGCCUCAGAAUUUGUCCAAUACGCUGUGGGCAGCGGUCACCAUGGGGCUGUCGCUGCCAGAGCAGCACGGGCGCCAGCUGGUCGAGGCGUUGGUACAGCAGCGGCAUGCAGCCAGGCCACAGGAGCUGUCCAACACACUGUGGGUGGCGGCCAGCAUGGGGCUGUCGCUGCCACAGGAGCAGACACAGCAGCUUGUUGAGGCGUUCGUGCAGCAGCGGCAUGCAGCUAAGCCGCAGAACCUCUCCAACACUCUGUGGGCGGCCGCCACCAUGGGGUUGCCGUUACCCAAGCAGCAGGCACAGCAGCUGGUGGAGGCUAUGUUGCAGCAUCGGCAGGCAGUCAAGCCGCAGGAUGUGUCCAACACGUUGUGGGCUGCGGCGAAACUGGGGCUGUUGCCGCCAGAGCAGCAGGUGCUACAGCUGGUGGAGGCGCUGGUACAGCAGCGACGUACAGCCAAGCCGCAAGAGCUAUCCAGCACGCUGUGGGCGGCAGCCACCAUGCGGCUGUCGCUGCCAGAGCAGCAGGCGCAGCAGCUGGUGGAGGCUUUGGUGCAGCAGCGGCACGCAGCCAACCCGCAGGACGUAUCCAACACGCUGUGGGCAGCGGCCACCUUGGGGCUGUCGCUUCCAGAGCAGCACGUGCAGCAGCUGGUGGAGGCGUUGGUGCAGCAGCGGCAGCCACCCAAGCCACAGCAGCUGUCCAACACGCUGUGGGCGGCGGCCAAGCUCACGGCAAACUUCACAGCUGCUCGGCGCGUGGCAACGCUGCCAACGCCUGUGGAGUCUGCUCUGCUGAAGCUAGCAGACGCCGCUGGCAAAUUGCGGCUUGUGGAGGGCAUGAUCCCGCAGGAAAUCAGCAACAGCCUGUGGGCGCUGUCAGAGUUGGGCAUGCGCCCGGAACAGCUCGUGGCGCUGCUGACAAGAGCGGCGCUGCAGCGGGCGCCAGACAUGGAUCUGCAGCACAUCAGCAACACGGCGCUCGCAGCAGCCAGGCUGGGCAGUUUUGAAGCGCCGCUGUAUGUGGCUCUUGUGGCUGCUGCGCAGCAGCACAGGCAUGCAUCCAUCCUGAACGCCCAACAGAUCUGCAACCUGUGCUGGGCUGUGGCCGUGGCAGACCAGCAGCAACUGGCGCAGCAGGUCGUGGCACUGUGCAAGCAGCUGGCGGGAAGUUGCUUGUUGGAGGCGGGGUUGACUGGAGCUGAGCGCAACCAGCUGUGGCAGGUGCAUCUUUGGCUACUGGACUGUAAGCCAGGCAGCGGCGGGCUUGCAGGCACAUUGUCGGCGCAGCAGAUGCAGCAGUGCGGGGAUGAGUGGGAACUGAUGCUGCAGCGGACGGCUCAGCAGCACAGGACAGUGUUUGAGCAGAGCGUGUUUGCAUGUGCACAGCGCCUGCCAGGCCUGGCCGCCUGCUGUCAGGAGGCGCGCACAGAGGAUGGCGCCUAUAGCAUUGAUGUUGCCGCGACGCACACGGCCUCCAAGCAGCGGCUGGCCAUCGAGGCGGACGGCCCGCACCACUUUCUGCUGCCAGGCAGGCAGCUGACGGGGGAGACGCUGGCGCGCAACAGGGCGCUGGCGGCGCGCGGCUAUGCAGUGGUGUCUGUGCCCUGGUGGGAGUGGGCGGCGGUGGACGGCGCGGCUCUCGAGGGCCACCUGCAGAGCAAGGUCGAGGCGGCUCUCAGGACUGGCGGCCCAAAGGGCGGUGGCGGUGGUUGUGGCGCACCGCAGCUGGGGAGCGCGGCCACCCCAGCAGCACCAUGGAUCCAACGCAAGGCCCCCAGCGCAAAGCUCCUGACCAGCUUGAUCAACGGCGCUACCAGCCUGGAGCAGCUAGUCGGCCUGGAGCAGCGGCACGGCAGCGCCUUCGACGCCAUCCACAUAGCAACGUCGUUCAAGCGAUCGGCAAACCUGGCCCGCGACCUGGGCCAGCCACCCAGCGAUUUCUACCCACUCAUGCAGCGGCUGUGGGGACGACUGCAGCCGCAGCUUGGUGACUGCAACAUGCGCGAGCUUGCCAACAUUGUGUGGGCAUGCAGCAAGGUGUCGUUUGCAGAGGCGCCGCUGCUGGACGAGUGCCUGGAGCAGCUGGCUGGUGCGGGAGCGGACGCCAACCCACUGGAUUUGUCAAACGCACUUUACGCGGCGGCUCUGCUGUCGCGUUCGAAGUACACCAUGAACAAGCAGCACGCGCAGCAGCUCGUGGAGGCGUUAGUGUCGCAGCGGCAGGCAGCCAAGCCCCAGGACGUGUCCAACACGCUGUGGGCGGCAGCCACCAUGGGGCUGUCGCUGCCAGAGCAGCAGGGACGACAACUGGUGGAGGCGUUGGUGCGGCAGCGGCAGGCAGCCAAACCGCAGGAGCUGACAAACACGCUGUGGGCGGCGGCCAACAUGGGGCUGUCGCUGCCAUACCAGCAUGCGCAGCUGCUGAUGGAUGCAUUGGUGCAGCAGCGCCCAGGCCCAUCAGGUUCCUUGCCGGCAAGGAGGGCGUGGCCUGCACCGCCGCCUGUGAGGCGGCGCACCAGGCGGUAG